AUGUUGUUGCCAAAGGGCGGCGUGAAUUGGAAGUCGGCCAAGGCCAGAUUGCCGCCAUGGAGGGCAAUCCUCGUGUUAUUAACGCGCACUCGCUUCCUGGUCUCCAUAGCUUUGACCGGCCUGCUCAUCCUGAUGUGGCGCGGCGUCAGCAAAUCUGCAUCGGAGAUGCAAAGCUUCUACUGCUAUGGCUCCAACAAGUCACCCAUGGAAAUGUCCAUUAACGAGAUGGUCGAAUGGAGUGCACACGCCCAGACCCCCGUCCUCUUCAACCGCCACGAACCCUACGAAGUCAACUCCACCUCCAUCACCGAUUACGACCUCAACCCCAUCAAGUCUACCUCCAAGGCUGUCCUCAACCGCGAACGUGUGCUCAUCCUGACACCUCUUCGUGAUGCCGCUCCUUACCUCGCCAAAUACUUCGACCUCCUUUACAAACUGACCUACCCGCACGACCUGAUCGAUCUGGCCUUCCUCGUCGGUGACUGCAAAGACGACACACUCGCGAACCUCGCUUCCGAGCUCGACCGUAUCCAGAAUCAUGCCGAGGAGAAGGUUCGCUUCCGCAGUGCAACGGUGAUCAAGAAGGAUUUCGGUGCCGACGUGGAGAUGAGUGUGGAGGAGCGACACUCGUUUGCCGCUCAAGGUCCCCGACGCAAGGCUAUCGGCCGUGCCCGUAAUUAUCUGCUCUACUCGGCUCUCAAGCCCGAUCACUCCUGGGUGUACUGGCGGGAUGUGGAUAUCACCGACUGCCCCGAGCGUAUCCUGGAGGACUUCAUGGCCCACGACAAGGAUAUCUUGGUGCCGAACAUUUGGUUCCACCGUUACAACGCUGAUGGUCACGACAUCGAGGGUCGCUUUGACUACAACUCCUGGAUCGAAUCCGACAAGGGCCGCCGUCUGCGCGCCAGCCUGCCUACCGAUACCGUUCUCGCCGAAGGUUACAAAGAGUACGAUACCGGCCGUACCUACCUGGUCAGCAUGGGUGACUGGCGAAACAAUAAGGAUGAGGAGAUCGAGCUUGACGGAAUUGGCGGUGUCAACAUCCUCGUCAAGGCGGACGUUCACCGCAGCGGCAUCAACUUCCCUGCAUACGCCUUCGAGAACCAGGCUGAGACCGAAGGGUUCGCUCGCAUGGCCAAGCGAGCUGGCUACCAGGUGAUCGGCCUGCCCAACUACGUGGUCUGGCACAUUGAUACGGACGAGAAGCCCGGCAAUCUUGGAGACCGCAAAGCAUUUUAA